AGGAUUUGAGAUUCCAUUUUUUCUCUCUAUUGCUUAUUUUUUAGAGAGAGAGAGAGAGAGAGAUGUUGGUUGAGAUAUUUGAAGCCAUUGGGUUAGUGAUUAUUGCUUUAUUUAUUUUGUUUGCUUUUAGGGUAUUGUUUUGUUGUUGGGUUUCACCUUUUUUAGUGCAUAAAAAGCUUAAGAGAAAUGGGUUUAGAGGUCCAACCCCAAGUUUUCCUCUUGGAAAUAUUAGUGAGAUGAAAAAGAAGAAUGUAAACCCUAAUACAUUUGAAGAAUCCUCUCAUCAAGUUACUCACGAUAUUCAUUCGAUUGUCUUUCCGUAUUUCGCUCGGUGGCAAACUACUUAUGGAAAAGUAUUUACAUAUUGGUUGGGGACAGAGCCAUUCUUAUACAUUGGAGAGCCAGAAAUUGUGAAGAUAUUGUCAAAAGAAGUAAAGGCAAAGUAUUGGGGAAAGCCAUCAGUAUUCAAAAAUGACAGAAAAUCAAUGUUUGGAAAUGGUUUGGUAAUGGCUGAAGGAGAUGAGUGGGUUCGUCAAAGGCAUAUUAUCACUCCUGCAUUUAAUCCUUCCAACUUGAAGGCAAUGGCAAGUUUAAUGGCGGAGUCCGCCACCCAAAUGGUGGAGAGAUGGGCCAACCUUGUCAUCUCCGGCAACCCAAUCGAAGUUGAGCAAGAAAUAACUUCAACGGCCGGGGAAAUCAUAGCCAAAACGAGCUUUGGAAUCCACCAUGAAAGCGGCCGACAAGUGUUCAACAAACUCCGCCAUCUCCAAACCACUCUCUUCAAAACCAACCGCCUUGUGGGAGUGCCGUUCGCCGGAGUUCUGAACGCGGCCAAGGCCCGCCAGGCCAAACGCCUGGGGAAGGAGAUCGACGCCUUGUUUAUGUCGGUGAUUAAGGAAAGGAGAGAGAAUGCGGCGGCGGCGGCGGGGGAGCAGCAGAAUGAUCUGUUGAGUUUGCUUUUGAAAGAAGGGGAGAGGGCGCUGAGUACGACGGAGCUGAUUGAUGAGUGUAAAACGUUCUUUUUUGGUGGGCAUGAAACGACGGCGUUGGCGCUGACGUGGACUUUGAUGUUAUUAGCUAUUCAUUCUGAGUGGCAGACAAAGUUGAGAGAGGAAAUUAAGGAAGUGUUUGGUGAUAAUAUACAAACUCACUUUGAUUUCACCAAUCUUGCUUCACUCAAAAAGAUGGGAUGGGUGAUGAGUGAAGUUCUACGUCUAUAUCCAUCAGCACCAAACGUACAAAGACAAGCAAGAAAAGACAUUACAAUUAACGGACUCACUAUCCCAAACGGCACUAAUAUUUGGAUUGAUGUUGUAGCCAUGCACCAUGACCAAGCCCUUUGGGGCCACCAAGUCAAUGAAUUUCACCCUGAGAGGUUCCAAAACGAUGUCGUUUCGGGUGGCUGCACCCACAAGAUGGGUUAUUUGCCCUUUGGCUUUGGAGGAAGAAUGUGUGUUGGUAGGCACUUGACAUUUAUGGAAUAUAAGAUUGUCUUGACUCAUAUUUUGUCUAGGUUUUCCUUCUCUUUGUCAUCCGAUUAUCGACAUUCACCUUCGAUAAUGCUCUCACUCCGACCUAUCCAUGGGCUACCUCUUGUUUUUCGGCUACUCGAUGAUUAAAUUUACGAGAAGUGAACUGAUGGAGUAGGUCAUCUCACCAAUUGUUGGAUUUAAAUUUGAAAUCAUUAAAUUUAGAUAUUGAAGUUUUAUCCAACGGUAUAAAAUUAUCAAUUAAAUUGUGAUUGGGUGGCCUCUCCUCCCAUUAUUU